UUAGUAAAUUCUUACGCAACUCAUGUAAUCUAUAAGCAUCGAAUAUGAAAAUACUUUGUGCAGAUAGAUUUUUAGCUGUUGGUCACAGGUCCUUUCGUUGUUUCUUCCUGUAAGGCUGUACAAUCUGAAUCUGGAGAGUUAGGUGGAUGAUGCUAUGCUAAGGUGUAACCAACAAGAGCAAGAACGCCAUGAGUCAGCCAGCUGUGGGAGUGCUGGCAGAGGAGCUGGUUGACUGCCAAAAAACCAGCUUUGCAAACUCCAUUGAAGCAGAACCAUGUUCACCCACUUCAAGAAGCUUCUCACCAGCAAUCUCAGAUACAGAGAUCUGUGAGAGAAGAGAAGAAGGCACAGCAGUGGUGGCUGCUCUACCUCCAGCCUCUCCUAUCAAGCAUGAAGUCUUAGAUUUAACAAGUAGCAACAGAACGCCUUUCAUGGAUCUCUCUGUGAAACCUAAAUUAGCAAACCAAGUGCCUCCUGUGUCUUCUAUGCUUCCUUCUGCUCUGUUAGGAAGUACCAGAUCUGUCUCUAACCCGACAGAAGUCCUUACAUCAACUUCAAGUUUUCAUUCUAGAAAUAAUAGUAGCAAGUGUGUAAUUAGUGUUAAUGCUUCCAAUGUAUUAGGUAAUCCAACGUGUGCCUCACCAAAUGACGACCAUCUUCGAAAUUCUGUUGAUUUAGCUGCUGGUCUCAUAACCAUUGAUACUUCAAGCUUGUCAUCUAUUGAUGCAGCUUCUUUGUCUACCUCUUUUCAUUCAAAAUCAGCAGUUCAAAAGAGCAACAAAGUAACUGCUCAAGGCACAAUUGUUCCCCCAUUAGCCAAUUCUAUACAAGAUAGUGCAAUAUUACAAGACUCUUCUUCAUCAUCAUCAGCUAGUGCUGUCUUAAGUUCUUCCAUUCCAUCGUCCAGAAAUCAGGAGAUCUCUGCUACAAGCCAAGAUCAUCUAGGGCAAGCAGACCAGUUCUGCAGUUCUCAAAUUUACUCUGAGCUUCCUUUUUCUGGGUCAGAGAAGAAAAAUACUCUAAAAUUAAACUGUGCGUCAAAAUUGUUAACAAGUCAUUCUAAACAAGUUUCAGAACCAUGUAGUGAUGUAUUCACUAAUGGUCAUGAACAUCAUGGGACCUCAUCUACCAGUUUUCCUGCAUCAGCUAGUAGUUCACCAUGCCGUGCAUCUCUGUCACCAUCUCCUUCAUGUAGCGAGUCACAAGGCAUUGCUUCAGGUGCUGGGUCUGAGGUCAGGGGCAUGCCUGCCAUACCCGUACCUGCAGCUCCUGGACGACCUAAAGAAGCCCAGGAUCCCUCAGCUUCUGGUUCUAUGGACAACACUGAUGGUGGUCGUCUAACUUUCUUCAAAGAGGGAAAGUUGUUGCUGGAGUUGUCGCAUCGCAGUGCCAAUGAGAGUUGUGCUAUCAACAAGGAUGGCAAGAAGACUAGUGGCUGCUGGGUACAGAUUGAAACCAACACUUUUUGGCCGCCAUCGUCAUGUCGCGCAAAUAUCUCAACGCCCCUGCAUUUUCCUUUCUCAGGCUAUGGCAAGGCUGCUAGAAGGAAGAUACGCACACCGCGGCGCUGUGAGCAACAGAGCAACGGGGUUGUUCAGCCUCCCCUCUCGUGCAGUGCUUCUCCUACAAAAGACGACGCCUCACAUCGCUGUGUAGGCGCCCCGGUUCCCGAGACUUUUUUGUUUGUCUGUCCAGAACUUGUACGUGCCUUCAGAAGGUCUUAUGGACCACUCAUCGCUAGAAGACCUUUUCACAGGUUUUCAGAGAUGGACGCCUUAUUGGAGCUUGAUGAUACCCGAAAACAAGCCCUACUCAGUCUGAUGAGAGAAUGCCGCAAUCUUUUGCGUAGAAGCUCCUCUCAAGAAGGAAAUAGAAUUCUGCAAAAACACAAACUCGAGAAAUAUUCUAAAGUUCUGGCUGAACAACAGAAUCUCAAGAUCGAUUCCACAAUAAAGGUUGGGCAAAUAUUUGAAAGAGUAAUGCUCAAAACACCAUCACCAAACAAUUUUGUGUCGCCACGCAAGAGAUAUUUGAAGCAAUUCGAGGCUGAUCACGAAAUUCAAAAUAAAAAGAAAAUAGUGAUGGCCACCAGUUCCGCUUCGCGUCCAGCAAGCUACAUGACUGAUUCCUAUCAGAACUAUACUUCCAGCAAGAACGUCUCUGCUAGACAUUCCGCCCUCAAUAACUACGGGGCCGCGCAUACCAUUGAGUCGAUUUUGAACCAUUCAGAAAAAAGGAAUGAAUCUUACUUGAAAAGUUUAUUCAAAUCUGAGGGCAAGAAAUCCCCUCGUAGUUCUAGUCGCAGCCCUCUCACCCUAGAGAGUGUGAAGCAAGAGCCUGAGAUGCUCAUGAGCGUCAAGCCAGACAGAGAUGCUAGUAGGAACAGCGAGAUGAGAUCGUCAAGAGAUUGUGACGAGCGACAAUCCCUACCUUCAUACAGCGCUUCACCACAUAGCCGGUCUUCCCCUCCCUCCCCGCGUUCUGCCCGCGCAUCCCAUGCCUCAAACACGAGUGUUAAAAACAGAGACCAGCCCGACUUACCAUACCCUGGAUACGGCAUGACUCCACAGACCCUCGCGUCACUGUAUCCGCAACUUUAUGACCCCAACUAUUUCUUCAUCAACGGCCCUCUAGCUGCUGGCGGUCUCAUGGCAAGUCCGCACAGCCAGAUGGCUGUAGCAGCGGCCGCUGCUGCCGCUGCCGCCGCGUCCAUCAGUUCCAUGAGCUCCUAUGGCCUGGCGCCUCUACAACUACAAUUGGCAGCCACGCAAUACUCAAGCCUUUUCAACCCUGUGGCAUUCGCCCCUGCCAUAGCAGCGGCUGCAGCUGCGUCCCCGCUCUCCCCUAGCAUUGCGGCACCUCUCACUCCUGCCCUCACACCUGGGGCUGUUGCUCUCUCCAUGCCUCACAUGAACUCGUCCACUCUCCCUUCCGCUCACAACCCCAGCUUAUCACUCCCACACGUCGUCACCUCCCACCACCCUUCCUUUAUCAACAGCGUCGCCUCACACCAGUCACGCAGCAGCCCCUACCCAACUCCUUCUCCUCAUCCUCGCUCACCCUACUCCCCAUCUGUCAAGUCAUUUUACCCUCCCACCCGUUCUCCGCAGUCUCGCUCUCGUUCUCCUCCCUCGAGAUCUCCCGUGAUGAUGUCUACUACGCCUACGUCGUAUCAUCCACGCAAGCCCCACCCACCUCCUCAUCACUACCCCCAACCUGCUAUGCACCCCUCCUCCCCCUGGCGACCUGUAGCUGCUCACCAGCACCCGCCUCCCACCCUCUCAUCGAGCCAAGAUACCCCUCUGAACCUCACGAAACCGCGAUGCCAGUAAAGGUCAAGUGCGUAUCGUCGCAGCGCGGACCUGCGGAGAAGACUCCUCAGGAAGUCGUUAUAAUGGACGCCACCACCGACGUCUUCCUAGCCCUUGUGUUUCGUUAUCGCGUCCUUUGAUUUGUCACAAAUAGUAUUCUUUUAUUAAUUACAUUCCCACUGUCAUGUUCCAGGAGCUCCUCCGCUUGGAGCAAGCAAACUUCUUGCACUAAUAACUAUUCUGCUGUGAUGAAUGAUUUGCUUUCCCGUCUUUGUAUUAAUUGAAUCGAUACUUGUUACAUGUUGGAUCCAUUUUCAACGCAUCCACAAACAUUAGUGCAUUCACAAAUAUUAGUUGUUUCGUUAAUGUUUUUAUUUAUUGUUCGUGCUGUUUGGUUAAUGAACGAUGACGCCUAUGUUUGAUCUCAUGAGUGGUGUGGGGCCAAGUUGAAAGUUUCUGUUCUUUCUGCUUAUAAUUUAUGUACCUGUUUCCGUGAGCUUCAAUAGACGGUGUUUUCAAAAGUUACAGUUGGUCUAUCUAAACUUCUGUAUGUGCGACGAGAAAAGUUGAUGCGGCAGGUGAUUUGAAAUCGUACGGUUGGAACGAGUAGUUCUUUGAAUAUUGUUGAAUACAAUGUUAGCGAAGGUCCUAAAUAAUUUUUUAGUGAAGGUCCUAAAUAAUUUUUACGAUAAUAUUCCUUGCACUUGUUUUAAGGUUGAACAUUAACUUAUGGUUUGAUCAUAUACUUUAGCUUGAAGACGCAGAGUCUCAUGUUGCAAUAUUUUGCUUCUGUUGACCUUGGCUAUCUUUUCUAUUGUAAAAAUUAUUUCUUUCCAUCGAAUUUGCAUAACGGUAAUGGAAACUUAUAUUCUUACGUAUUGAAGUUU